AUGGCUCUAUGUGGUGGCUCAUGGGAUCCCCACAACCCGAUCUAUGACUUUAUUGACAUGGAGGACGAGAGCUUCAAUCUUCGUGAUGUUGUGAAGGCCAAUGUGAUGUAUGACUUUGUGGUUUGGGAUCCUAUGGCAGUCCACAAGCACGCUUUGUCUGCAGCAGCAAUUCCGAUCAAGCAGGCGUGCGGCCCCACAGGUGGUGGAGAGACUGGAAAUUGGAAUGCUGUUCACAUGGUGGGCGAGUUCAUGGAGGCUGCUGGUGAUAUUGUGAAAUGUCUGACCUUCGAUGCGUACGGCACGCAUCUCUAUGCACGGCGCUUGCUACUUGGUCAGGUUGAAGGCAUGAAUGAGGAUGUGAUCAAAGACAUCCCAUGGUUCCGAGAGCUUCUCUAUACACCCCUUCCACCGCACAAGCUGCCAAGGCUACCGCUGCAGUUGUGCCAGCACAGACAGGAUCACAUUUGGUGCAUGGCUGGUCCAUGUCACGCACACAAGAACUCGGCAGGGCAAUUGCAGAGCUGUUUGAGGGUCCUCUACUAUGGAGAUUUUUGGGCAGAUGUUUCUGGCACUUCCUCGCACGGAAUGCCGCCGGCAGCUCUGUCUCGCGUGGAGGCAAUGAGCGACCACAUGAACGCAAUCAUCUACAAUCCUUUUUUCUUGGUUGAUUCCAUUGACUGCCGUGCUGCUCACAGCCAAGUUCCAUGGUCCUUGCAGGGGGCCACCAUCCACAAUGUAGUGAUUGCCAUGUGCAUUGCGCCAUCUGUGCACAAAGAAAUGUCGUUGAUGCACCGUUGCGAAGUGAGCCUAACAGGUUUCAUUGCCCUUGACCUGUUUCGCCUCCUGUCAGACCGCAAGUUUCAACUGUGCUGCGAGAAGGCCUUGGAAUCGGCGCUUCGGCUUGCUGCAUUUUGUAGCAAGGAGUCGAUGGAAUCUUUGGAGGCAACAUAUCGCAAGGUGUGUGAAAGCAAUGGAGAUAUUUGCGACCUCAACACCCUCACGCUUGAUGAUGAUGAGGUGGGGCCUGGCGAUGAGGACAGCGCUGGGCCAGAUUUGUGUGCGGAAUUGCUGAGCCAGAUCCCUGUGGACAGCAGCUUUGUGGCAGACAAUAAAAAGGCCGAUGAUUCUAUGGGAAAUGAUGAGGCUACAGAAGACGUACAGGUGGACUUGAGCAACUUACCAGACCAGGAGCAGAUGAAGACAUUGAUUUUCAAAGAAAAUGUGCUAGAGCCAUUCCGCAUGGAGACUUCCCGCAGCCCGAACAGCAAGGUGGACUUGGACCAUUUACCGGAAACUCUUGAUGAGGCUCUCCGGAUGAAGGGAGACACCUUCAACUCUCUGUGGCGGCUAGCUGUCCGAUUGAGAUCAGCGCGCGGCGGGUGCGACACCUCCUUCUUGUCAAACCCGAAGAGUUUUCGGAAAGCAAGCAAGGGAUUGAAUUGGCACCAGUACCUUAUGACUCUCUAUGGUUCUGGCAGGUACAAUGAGCAUGUCAUUGCGUCUCUCAACUUGGAAAAGCUCGAUCCAGUCUACCGCGCACGGGCCUCGAGGCUUGACAAGUGGCGGGAGCUGUCGGAGAGGGCGCGCAAGGAGCUUUUGUUACCUGAGGCUCCCCCUGAGAGGCUCAUGCCUGGCAAUGUGAUCCUCUUCCAUGUGCCUCAGACCAGCGAGGUGGACAUUGGCAUGGUGAUCACUGUGUGGAAGGGGGUCAAAAAGCCCAAGGUACACCCCGGUGAGGUGCCAAUCAACAGUGUGGCAGCCUUCCGUGCCGUUGUCAUGGAGAUGGUGGACACAGAGGACGUCAUCCUGACGUCCACGUCAGCUGAUGCUUUGGCGAAGGUGGAGGAUUUGGAGACAUGGACUGUACCUCCAACCAUGGUUCGUGGAUCCAAGGCAGCAUCAGUGGCGAAAGCAAAAGCCAAAGCGGCUCCCAAGGUCCGCGCGACGAUCAGCAAGGCAAAGGCCAAUAGCCUUUUGAAACCAAAGUUCAACAUGGACGUUGACGCCCCAGAAGAGGAAGAGCUGCCAUAUCGCAGAACAAAGCUCGGGCGUGAACAGAUUUCUGCGGCUUUGAUGGCGGUUCGCAAGAAGGAUUGGGAGAGGUUUCCAUCCAACCCGGUUUUUGGAGCCAACGGAGAAUGCCGGAUGAAGUUUGACGGUGCCCAGUCCUUGACCGUGGACAAGAUGUGCAAGAACGGAGGAAUCUACAUGGAAGCUUUGUACCGGCAUCUCCGAAAACCUCAAGCCUACAGCUCGGCCGUUUCCCAGGUCUUUGACGCCAUGAUGAAGCAGCUCGACCGCAAUCCACCUUCAAGGCAGUCAUUCCUGAGGAUUACCAAAGACAUUGGGGAAUUCAUCGCUUGCCACAAAGAGGCCGAUGAUUGA